CCUCAGCUAGCAUCGUUAGCUCCCGUUUUGAAAGCAGAGUGUUGACAUCCUCGCAGCUCAUGUUGGCGGGUGUUUCAGCCCGUUAGAUGCUAGUCUUUUGGUGUCGUCUCAGCCGCCGGUUGUCAUGGCAGAGGAGGACGUCUCGCUUCUGACAGAGGACAUGAAAUACAGCAGUGGAACCCUGGUGCCUCCGGAGGGUUUAUGCGGGGUGUCGGUGCUGUCCUGCCUGCUGCUCGCCUGUUCUUAUGUGGGCAGUCUGUACGUGUGGAGGAGCGACCUGCCGCGGGAUCACCCCGCUGUGAUAAAGAGACGCUUCACCAGUGUACUGAUCGUGUCGGGCCUGUCCCCGCUCUUUGUGUGGGCGUGGAGAGAAUUCACAGGUGUCAGGACUGUCCCAUCAUUACUGGCUCUCAUGGGGAUCCGGUUUGAAGGCCUCAUUCCUGCUAUUGUUCUUCCUCUGCUACUCACCAUGGUCCUGUUUCUGGGCCCUCUCAUGCAGCUGGCCAUGGACUGUCCCUGGAGCUUCAUGGAUGGGAUCCGGGUAGCCUUCGACCCGUGGUUCUGGAUGCUGUGUUUUAGUGACAUGCGCUGGUUGAGGAAUCAGGUGGUGGCUCCGUUAACAGAGGAGCUGGUAUUCAGGGCGUGCAUGUUGCCCAUGUUGGUGCCCUGCACCAGCCCCACCACUGCCAUCUUCACCUGCCCGCUCUUCUUUGGAGUGGCUCAUUUCCACCAUGUGAUCGAGCUGCUGCGCUUCAGACAGGGGACUCUGUCAGGGAUCUUCCUCUCUGCAGUGUUCCAGUUCUCCUACACAGCUGUGUUUGGAGCCUACACUGCCUUUAUCUUCAUAAGAACAGGUCACCUGGUGGGCCCGGUGCUCUGCCACUCCUUCUGUAACUACAUGGGUUUCCCCGCCAUCAGCACCGCCAUGGAGCACCCCCACCGCAUCACCGUCCUCUCCUCCUACCUGCUGGGGGUCAUCCUCUUCCUCUUCUUCCUUUUCCCCUUCACCGACCCCUCCUUCUACGGCCUCCCCACACCGGUCUGCACUCUCACAUCCUCCCCCAGCUCCCUCUGCCUCUCCUGAUCCCAGCCCGCCCCCCCCCCCCCCCCCCCCCUCUCCCCCCCUCUCUCCCUCACACACUUUGUUCUCUUCUGUCCUUUCUCUGCCUGUGACUGAUGAAGCAGUCCAGGAUGUUGCUUUGUUUUUUGCCAAGUUAGAGUUCAGGUCAGGUCCAGUUUGGAUCGACAGCGCUAACAGCCAUGUGGGCUAAGUUGCCACGGAGAGGUGGUGGAGGUCUGGAGCCAUUCUAUACGGUCAGGGUGACCCUUCAUAUGUCAAUCUGUCUCCAUGACAUAGUUCAGUUAAAUAGCUGAUACUCUUAACACAGAGUGAGUCAGGUUGGGGGGCUCAUGCUGCUGGGACUGAACCUGACCCAUCUGGUCCUAGGAGAACUGCCACUCCUGUUUGUGGUUUUAGUGUAAACAGAACAGCGAAGGACUAUUCCUCCUCUCAUCCCAUCAUCGUGUGAUGUCAUAACGUACCUCAGCAUCCACUCGGCCUUCUUCGUCUCCUUAAAGGAUCAUUCCAGUUUAUUACAACUCAAGUCCUGUUUUUUGUAGUUUUGAGAUCAUGAAGUUAAUGGCAGAAACCUGGAAACAUGGGGACAUCUGAUUGGUCAAGAAACACGAGCAGUCAGACAGGUUGAAAGAGAAAAAGAACAUCAAAAUUAAAACCCAAACUGUGUGUUGUAAACAUCGAUCACAGUUGACUUGGUUCUUCUAUGUAGAGAGGGAUUAUUACUAGAGACCAACCAAUACAGCCAUACAUGAUACUGCCACAGAUAAAUCUUUCAGUGUGUAUAUAUCAGAUGAUAACUAACAAGUCAUUACUCUCUCUGAUACAGAAAAGCCAAAGAUGAUUGAGAAAUCUUAAGGCCAACACCCAUCUGUAGCACCAGCUGUUCACAAAAAUAGAGCAACGUUCUGACUUUUCUCACCCGAUUGGCACAUCCCACCUAUAGUCUGCUAUAUAUGUCCCGUGUGUGGUUAAAUGGCGUUUUCCAACGUGAUGACACACCAUAUGACACAGCUGUUAUGUGCGGCAUUUUAAAAACAACAAUAAUUUACAGGAUCUGUUUGAUUUAUUAGAAGUUUAUGCUAAAAAAAAUGAAUGUGGGACAGUAUAUAAUUAUGAUGUGUAGUUUUUUAGUCUUUCAAAUAUGUACAGUUCUCCCAAAAAACUACUUUAAUAAUAGUUAUUAUCAGUAUCAUUAUUAUUGGUAAUAAUUAAGUAAUCAUUUCCAACAUUUUGGGUGCUCUCGCUUUCAUUUUUACCUUCAAAUACACAAUCUGAAUAAUCUGAUUGGAUUGUUUCUAACUUGUAUGAUUGUGUCAGACUUUGUAGUGAGGAUAUCAAUUACUUUGAUGGGUGCUAUGAUCUCAAAUCUCCAAAAAUAAGACCCUAGUUGUAGAGUUCUGACACCCAAACUAUAACCUUGCUUAUUUUCAUAUGUAUUUAUUGUGCGCUCAGUAUGAAUGACAUAAAUUAAGUUAGAUUACGCAGUAGUAGUCAGGUUUGGUCAGGUCUUAAAAGAUGUGGGUAUGGGCCAGGUAGAGUCUCAGCUUCACGCCCAUGCAGAAUUCUACCAUGUCGUAAUAAACUGAAAUGAUCCUUUAAUGCUUUUAGCUUCUACCUGAGGAAGUAGCUGCUGUCAGCUUUGGCUUGUUCUGGACAUUCUGGACAUGUCAGCAUCUCUUCAGUCUGGGAUCUCUCCUCUAUGAUUGUUGGUAUGCAGCAGCUGUACCCGAGUACAGGAAGGUUGUCGUGACGCUUCGGCGUGGAGUUGUCACUUAGAAACAGGAAAAAAAACACCCUGUCAGACAAAGUGGUCAAUAAUGACAUUACUGAUAGUUAUUUUUAAUGUUACAGGAUUGUUUUUAACAGUGACAUUUCAGCUGGAAUUAUUCCUUUAUCUGAAUUCAGACAGUUCAGAGGAUCAUUCUGCUUGAACAGGUUCAGUGUUUUGUAUGUAGAGAGAUUAUUAAUGGUUAUUUAUAUACCUCUGCAUGUUUCAGUGCUGGUAGUUUUUUUGCGUUGUUGGUGAAGGGAGGUGACAGGAUUGCUUAGGGGGUCAUUGUUCUUAAAGUCUGAAAAAUACUCUAAUGUAAGUGCACAAACACACAAGACAAACCGGCUCUAUAAUCUGAAGGUGUGCAAGUAAAACAAACUGGUUCCUCUAGAGGGCAAUACAGAGACAGACUGGUCACACUGGGUUGGUCAUGACAGAACAGUCGUGAAAAACCAAACACAAGCACAAAUCAAAGCAGACACGUGUAAAGGCCCGGUCACAUCAGCAAUUAUAACAGUGGAAUGUCACACUGAAGUCCACUCAUGUCUAUGGAAUUGCUGUAGAGUUCAGUAAGAAUUGGUGUCUAAAGACUCCCAUCUCUCUAAAGUGUUCAGAACACAACUGAAUUUCCUUGUUGCUCUUGUUGGUGUGAGUGGGCGUGACUAAGGCGACUUAUUUCCAGACACCGCAACACGGAAAUCGACUUGAAGCUUAUGCGUUUGUGUCCUUACAGAGUACGUUUCAGUCUUAGAGCUGGAGAUAAAGUUGUGAAGCUCCAGCUGUUAUUUGGGGGGAUCUAAAAUGGCCUCAAUGCCUUGUUUUCAUAUACCAAUGUUCUCAUCGUUUGUCCAUUCCAUGCAUCUUAACACACAAGAGCUCACAACCUCUAAAGCAGUCACUGUUCCAGUUCGGUCUCUUGCUUCAGUUAUGUGUUGCUUUUAACUGUAGUGAAGGUGAUGAGCAGGGGACUGAAACCCCCCGACACUCAGGUGUAGUUUAAUAGCGGCAAGAAUGCUCUAACCACUACAUUGCAUGCUGCUACUUGAAUAUUCACAAUACAGAGCCAUAUAUAUAUAUACAUACAUACAUGUACUAGAUGACACUGAAGUUGGCCACCAGCACAUUCCUGACUGAGAGGGAAACUCAUUCAUUUACAGCCUGGGUCUUGUUUUCAUAGUCAUCAUACCUAUCAGUUCUGAAACUACUUAAUCCCUAACACAGGUACUUAUGGGGUUCAAACAGGGCAGCAACACAAGCAGUCACACAUGUUUUAAGUAAAUCCACAGUUUAACUCAAUUAUUCUUCUUAAAUGCAACUGAAUGUCUGCAGUAAACAUUCAUUGCAUUGGGAAACUGUGUGAAUGCAGCACACACUAAAGUUAACCUCCGACUACACAUCUUUUGCCACAAUUUGUCAGAUACACAUUUUGUGAUCUGAAACCAAACCUCUUGAGUUGACGCAUAAUGCCACUGACGUUUGUGCAAUGCCAAGACUGUCAAAUGUAUUUGAUUUGGCUAAAAAAAAAGAUAUCCUCGUAGAUGGACCACAUUAGACACAAGUCUGAUGUCGGAGAAGAGUGGUAUCCAAUAAGAAUGCAGCAGGAAACUUUCACAUAGUUACUCGUCAUGAUCAUUUGCCGCAGUCGCAGAUCCCUCCAGCAACAAUGAUCUUUUGAGUCAGUACAUCUCAUCAAGGAUCAGUUGUGUAUUUGACCCAUCGUCAACAUGAACAGUCUAGGACUAAAAGUACCUUGUAUGUUGAGAUGAGGCUUCAGAUAAUGUGGUUAAACUGUGUACUGCAGAUCUGACAGCUUAUGUUGUUGCCCUGUGCAACUCUGUUCCAGUCAGUUGCUGCUUCAUCACAUCAUAAAACUGAAAUUUGACAGGAAAACAUCAUAACUGAUAGAAAUGAGGCCAAAACUUUGAAAAUAAGGCUCAAGUUGUUUCAAUGAGUUCUCACCUUUCUUUGACAUGUAAUCCGAGACAGUUCUGGUUCUUUGCACUAGACAUCUGCGCAAUGCUGUGUAUUUGUUGCGGUGGGGGGGGGGGCUUUUAGUGUAGCUAAUUGCUUUUACAUGGAGCGGGCUAUGUUGAUAUUUAAUUUUGCUUUAUAGAGAAUCAGUGUCUUUGCUGCGAGUCCACAGAAUUACAUACAUAGACGAUCAUUUCUUCAUUGGAGACUAAUCGGCUCGUUAACCUUUCACUCCACAUCAGUUUCAGCUCACAGUUUGAGGUGUUUCUGACUGAAAGAACUAAAAAAAAAAAAAGACAAAACACUCUAUAAGCUAUAUUCAUACUGUGAAGAAGAAAUGGGCUGCUUGGGUCUUCAGCAAUAAAUCGUAUAUUUGAGGGGUGAGUGGUAACGUUUUUGAAUCUGUUUUAUAUAUAUUAUAGUAAACACAGGGCCACACAUGUAUAUUAUUUAUAUGGAUCAGUCAUUUGUUCUUGGUAGUUUACAAUUUAGGACAUGUGGGACUGUUUUAAUAUGAGAGUUGCGCUGUACCUACUUGAAGCUGACACCAGAGGGCGUCAGAGCACUUCUUUGUCAGAGGCGGCGCUGCUGUGAGAAUGUCUCACUUCUGUUUAUCAGUCUGUCUGACAUCACUCAUCUGUCACUGGAAAAACCAAUUCACCCUAACUUAUUUUCCCUUUAGCUUCCACGCAAUUACGACCCAAUAGAAGGAGACUGAUGCAGAGAGGGAGGAACCAAGCAGUGAGACUCUCACUGAGGCUAGAUUCCUUUUUACAGUUUGAGACUCCCACAUUGUUUUAAAUCCUGAACGUUUGAUUGCUCUGCUAAAAACUUGUGACUUUCAGCACCCUUCAUGUUCACAGUUAUAUAAAAAUACUCACAUUAAGGCAAUUUGAGUGACAUUUAUCAGCUUGUCUGGGUGUCAGUGUAGAGCUUUAAUGACACAUGAAGGUCUAAGUCAGGGUCUCUCCACUUCUUCUUGCUCACAAUCUUUUUUUUAUAUGUCCUAAAAUUCCCAUGAAUCCAGCCAUUAGUGUGUAUCAAGAUAUCACAUGUACUUCUACUUUUAAGAACAAGGGAGAUUGAUUUUGUAUAAAUGUCCUUCAGAUCUAUUUAAAGCCACUAUGUGUAGGGUUUAGGUGAAUAUAGCCAUAUAUUUGUAUUUGUAGAAAAUAUUCUGGUGAAAACUGGUUCAACACUGUUUAAUGGAAAGGUGUGGCAGGCUACCUGUGCUGAGAUGAACCUCACAUCGCUUCUUCAGUGAAGCUGAAGGCUCGCUGCGCCUCACAAAGUGAGAGUCUGACGUCUGCAGCUUUUUAUCCACUCCUGCAGUAUUACUCACUGCCAUGCCUUAAACUCAUCUGCUCACCGCGUAUGUCCAAAAAAACGUGCUCACAUCUGGUUUUAGAUUCUAUAGCUAUAGCUGCUUCACAAGAACAUCCUCUAGAGCUACAUCAAACUAAUUUGAUAAUCGAUAAAUCAUUUAGAGUCAUUAUUUACUGGAAAAAAAGUCCAAAUUCACUUAUUACAGCUUUUAAAAAGUGAAUAUUUUCAGUUUUGGGUUGUUUUUUUUUACUCCUGUAUGAUAGUAAACUGAAUAUAUUUGUGUUGUGGACAAAAUAAGAAAAUUUUUCUUCAUUUUCUGACAUGUUAUAGACCAAACAGCUAAUGGAUGUAUUGAUAAUGAAUGAGAAUCAUUAGUUGAAAACAGCUCUUAAACAUCAGUAGGUAAUUAGUGAACAGUGAGCGCUGGUAGAGGAAAGUAUGUAGAGUAAUACAGUGUGUGUUCAGUCCUUAAUUCUGUGUCCCUGGGUCUUAGCUUUUUUCCAAAUCCUACACACAGUGGCUUUAAUCAUCUCUUUUUAAGAAAUAAAGAAAUAAUAAAAAAGUGGUACCCCAACUCAAAGAUUGAGAAACUGAUGUAGAGUAAUGAGCUGUUUCUGUUCCUUGGAGCUCUUCUUUGUACAGGGAAACACUCCCCUUCCUCUCAUCCUGUUAAAACGUGCUGACAACUGUUAACAGGAUCAACCUUGUAGUUU